UAUUAACUAGGUCCGUAUGUUCAGACUUACAACAGGCGCCAUAGCGAGAAAUUUCGUCGAGAGGAAGAACAGCGACUGCGCGGGCGUGACGUCACAGACUGUUUAAUCUACCGCUGAGGGUGUGAGUAUUCUGGCCCCGACAUAUCACCCCCAUACAGCAGAUCCAGGAGUGCCUGCAUAGGAACCCUCAGAGAACAUUCACACAGCCUUCACUCCACGCAGCAGAAGCGCUCGGACAGGACAGAUGUCUGGAGAGAUCUUUUCCUCUCUGGAUAAUCUCUAUGACCUCGACAGUGCCAACUGCCAUCCUCUGGUGUGCCAUUUGUGCCAAGAACAGUAUGAGCAUCCAUGUUUACUGGACUGCUACCACACGUUCUGUGCCAGCUGCCUGCGUGGAAGGGCCGUGGACAGCCGACUGACUUGCCCUCUCUGUCGGCAUCAGUCCGUUGUGAAAGGAAUAAAUGCACUCCCCCCAGAGGAUCGACUCCUGAAGUUCUUGGUGGACAGUUCAGCAGACAGUGAGGAAACCGUGCAGUGUGCUAACUGUGAUUUGGAGUGCAAGAAACAGGAUGUGGAUGCAAUGUAUUAUUGCAACACUUGUUGCCAGCCACUGUGUCGAGACUGCAGGGAAACCACCCACAAAGCCAAGAUGUUUUCCUGCCACGAGAUUGUCUCCUUGGCAAAGCGCACCAAAGAAGCCCACAAAAAAUGUGCCCUCCAUGAGGAACUCUACAUCAUGUUUUCUACAGAGAAAAAGUCCAUGCUCUGCAUCAACUGCUUCAGAGACAUGCAAGUGGAGAACAGAGCACACUGCAUUGAUAUUGAGACAGCAUAUAUACAAGGCUGUGAAAAAUUGGACCAAGCCGUCUUAGCUGUUAAGGAGCUUCAGACGUCAGCACGAGAAGCCAUUAUUCUGCUCAAAGCCAUGAUUGGAGAGGUCAGGGCCAAUGUGGAUGAAGAAGAGAGCGCCAUCUGCAAUCUGUUCAAUAACAUGCAGGAAAGACUAGCAGAAAGAAAAAAGAUUCUACUCAAGGCAGCACGAAGUCAGCAUGAGGAGAAGGAGAGAGCCUUCAAAGAGCAGUUAUCUCAUCUUGCAGCGCUCCUGCCAACUCUUCAGGUUCAUCUGGUCACAUGUUCUGCCUUCCUAAGCUCAGCAAAUAAGUUUGAGUUCUUAGACAUGGGAUAUCAAUUAAUGGAGAGACUAAAGAAGAUUGUGAAACUACCACACAGGCUGAGACCAGCACAGAGCAGUAAGAUAAACACAGAGUAUCGCUCUGAGUUCGCUCGCUGCCUGGAGCCGCUCUUGCUGUUGGGGCAGCGGCGUUCAGUGUCCACUGCAGGGAGUGUGGCUUUAGGUCUGGGAAACGCCAGUGGACUGAUGCAGUCAUCUCUGUCAGUGCAGUGUCACUCUCCAGCCAUGAGUGACUUGUCACUGUGCUCCUCGGUGGUGCGCAGGCCGACCUCACACCGUUACAUCAGCACCAAAGUCCUGCUGGCGGAGGGUGGAGAGACGCCUUUUAUGGAGCACUGCUGCAACUACGAGAACAGCUACAGGACUUUACAGACAGAAAUCCAGAAGCUCAAAGACCAGGUGCAGGAGAUUCACAGAGACCUGACCAAGCACCACUCACUCACCAAACCCGACACCAUGAAUGAGAUUUUGGAGAGGUCUGUUCAGGUGGACAGACAGAUCUCAGCAGAGUACUCCUCAGUUGAGCUCAUGCGGGCCAUGUUCGAGGAGAUUUGGGAGGAGACGUUACAGAGGGUGGCAAAUGAACAGGAGAUAUAUGAAGCACAACUUCAUGACCUGCUUCAGUUAAAACAGGAGAACUCCUAUUUGACCACUAUUUCCAGACAAAUAGGCCCCUACUUUCACUCCAUAUCAAAAGUGAAAGAGCGUCUGGAGCCCAGACUGAAGGAGCCUAAAGAGCUCAAAGAUGAUCGCACAGAGAUCAUGCUGAAGCUGUAUGAGGAUAGUACCUCUACUGCGGACACACAGCCCAGUAAUGAGCUGUCCUGUAACACUGAGGACAACUGGACUCUAAAGAGCCUAUCAGAAGAGACCAAUCCCAAGAACAAAGACUACUACAGGCCAAACAAGCAGAAGAACACCACUGAUACAGCCAGUCGCAAAGAGAUACCAAUGUGAAACCACUUUUGUGAGCUGUCAGUUUAGCAUGCAUGCAUGUAAAUCUUAUUUACAUAGGCUUGAAAGAGAGAAAAACUACUAGUUUACAGUGCUUGUAUCUUAGAGAAUCACAGUAAUGUCAAAUAAACAUUAUAAUCAGU